AUGGCUUUGGUCGACACAGGAAAGAGGCCAAUUGCCUCGUUGAUCCUCCUCUUCGCGGGAUGGAAGGCGUUUCUCCUCGCCAUUGCACUCGCCGCCGCUGUCAGCCCAGCGUACGACACGUCAACAUCACUGUUCCUCGCGCAGCUCCCCGAGGUGCCAUCCGCGCCUUUCCUCACGGAGAAACUGACACGAUGGGACGCGCUGUACUUCCUGCACGCCUCGGCGCAUGGCGGCAAGGUCUACGAGCAAGAAUGGGCUUUUCAAUUGGGAUUCUCGCAGCUCGUGCGCCUUGUGAGCUGGCCUGGGGGUGAACCCAUCAUAGCCAUCCUAGCGGCGACCCUGUCCCACUUGGGAAGCGUGUUGGUUCUGCAUCAGCUCACGAUUCUAGUCUCAAGGGACUCUCGUUUGGCGUUCUUGACAAGUGUGCUGCACAUCUUAUCUCCCGCGGGUAUCUUCCUCUCUGCGCCGUACGCUGAGAGCUCGUUCGCUGGACUGUCGUUCCUGGGGAAUUGGCUAUUCGCCCUGGGGUACGAGUACGCUAGCGAGCCAUGGAAGCGAACUUGUGCAAUUGUGGGUGCCGGUGCUGUGUUUGGCGUGGCGACUGGGUUCCGAAGCAACGGGUUGGGCAGUGGUGUGCUCUUCCUUGUGGAAGCUCUACGUUGUGCCGCGCACUUCAUCGAGCGCCCUACUUUGGUUCGCCUUGGCAGACUUGUGGCCCCCGUUGUUGGCGGGACAGCCAUUGCCGCCGGAGCUGCCAUUCCGCAAUUCUACAUCUGGCAGCGCUAUUGUGGCGAAGGACAUCUCAGGCCCUGGUGCGAGAAGACUGUGCCUAGUAUCUACAGCUUUGUGCAGGAACAUUACUGGAACGUUGGCUUCCUGCGAUAUUGGACGCCGGAGCAGAUCCCCCUUUUCCUCCUCGCAUCGCCUGUUCUCGGCCUGCUCAUCGUCUCGGGUACCAAAGUCCUGCUUAAAUCUACUUCUGCCUUCCCGAUUGUCUCCUUCAAUGAGAAACAGAAGGUGUUUGUGCAGACACUCGCGGGCGUGCAGGCAUUUAUCGCCAUGCUAGCCAUCACGAAUUACCACGUGCAGAUUGUCAACCGGCUGUCGUCAGCCUAUGUGGUCUGGUACUGGUGGAUUGCCAGCUGUCUCAUGCAAGAGAAGAGGCGCGAUCUCGGACUAGGCAUCGUUAGGUUCUUUGUCAUGUACGCUGGAAUCCAAGCCGGACUCUUUUCGAGCUUUUUGCCGCCCGCGUGA